AGAGGAGUGGAAGGCCCAAACCAUCAGAUAUUUUUCUUGAUUUAAUUUUUUCCCUGCUUGGAACAAAAGUCUGCUUUCUCCUGCUGAUUUUAAAUAAACUGGAAGGCAACUAGCAGUGAAUAUGGCUGGUUGUCUACAAACUUCCAAAUCUUGCAUAACACAGGCUUUUUUGAAAUGCCUUCUUGUUCUGUUUGCACUGUGCUUCUACUUUGCCUCAGCUGGAGCAGAGCCGUUUAACCCGGCUAACCUCUAUGGCUUUAGGUCCGGACCUAAUGAAGACAGCAUCAUUGUCGCUAACAAUGGGAUUAGGGUACCAUUUGGGAGGUCUUUGUUUCUGGACCCCAUCAAUGACCUGAUAAUAGAGGUUCAGCCUGGCGACCGCUGUCACAUCACAGUUCUGGAUAAUGACCCACUGGCCCAGAAACCUGGAGUGUUGACCCCUAAAAAGUUCCCCUGCUUAUUUGGACCAAAUGAAGUCAAAUAUACUCAUUUUGGAUCUAGGAGCCCCAACAAGGAUCGUGUGAAGCUACAACUCCGUUAUGACUCCCACACGGACACAGUUGUCAUUCCUUUCAUGCUAGAAGUGGACGUGAUGUUCCAGCAGCUUGAGAUCCUCACUAGGAAUAUGCCCCUUAAUGUAGAAAAGCUCAAUGGUGACAGCAACACUAUUGACAGAAAGGCUUUAGAAUUUUCUUAUGAGGAUGGUGUUACACAGUGUAAGAUCGCUACUCUGGCUGGUGCUGGAGGUCUUCCCAGGUAUGGCACACUUUUAAACAGUCCUGCUAACGGCCAAAUGAUUGACUGUGAUGAGUUUGUGAAGCAGGGUAUACGCUACAAGCACACUGCGAAGACCAACUCACCAAACAGAGACUACAUCCCAAUGAUGGUAGAGCUGCAGGAUAAUGGAGGCGCCAUAAUGCAAGAGCAUUUUCAAAUUAUGGUUAGAAUCAAAGAAGGUGCAGAAAACACUGCUCCAAAACCAAGCUUUGUAGCCAUGAUGAUGAUGGAGGUUGAUCAGUUUGUGAUGACAGCUAUUACAAAUGACAUGCUGGCUGCCGAAGAUGUUGAAUCUCACCCAGAUGAUUUAAUCUUCAACAUUACUUCAUCGCUCAGCCCUCAGCAGGGAUAUAUAAUCAGCACAGAUGAUCAAAACCUGCCCAUCACCUCCUUCUAUCAGAGAGAUGUCAGAGAUCUUAAAAUAGCUUACAAACCGCCUUCAGAGGAUUCAGAUGUAGAGAGGAUUUUCCAGAUAGAGUUUGAAAUUGUUGACACUGAUGGUGCUGUGUCUGAUCCUUUUGCUUUCAUGAUCGUGGUAAAACCUAUGAAUACCAUGGCUCCUGUUGCAACAAAAAAUACAGGACAACUAUUGUUUGAAGGACAGUCCCGAGCUCUGUCUAGCUCCCAGAAUUUAGAGAUUAGUGAUGAGGAUAAUCUAGAAGAUGUACGAAUCACUGUUGUUGAUGGCUUGAAGCAUGGAGAGUUGACCGUGUUUGGUACUCGCAGGAAGUUCUUCACACCUGCUGAUCUAGAUGCUGGUAUUGUGGUGUACCAGCAUGAUGGCAGCGAUACUUACAGUGAUAACAUCAUUUUCAGAAUUACUGAUGGCAGUAAUGAAGUGGAGUUUUUGUUCCCCAUCACUAUUGCUCCCACUGACGAUGAGCCCCCGAUUAUUAAUGCCAACACGGGUCUGGUGCUGUUUAAAAAUGAAGUCAUGCAGAUUUCUCCAUUCAUUCUAAGUGCCACAGAUAUUGAUUCAGAGGAUUCAUCCAUUAAGUUUGUCUUAGAAGCGCCAUAUUCUACCGUAGGGGAGUUGUUGCUAAGGCAAGUGGAGCUUCCAUCUGACCCCAGUCUGUGGAAGUUCAGUGAGACAGAUGAAAUGUUUGAGCAGGCGGUAACGGAAUGGUUUCAGCAAGACAUUCUUGAUGGAAAGCUGUUCUACCAUCAUAUUGGACCCCAUAGCACAACCAGUGUAACUGAUCAUUUUGUGUUCCGGGUUCAAGAUGACAAUGACCCACCAAACCAAUCAGACAAACACACAUUCACUAUCAAAAUCCAUCCUGUCGAUGACCUUCCCCCAGAGCUUUAUCCAGGUACCAACCUUCAUAUGACCGUCAAGGAGUAUGAGCUGACAUACUUCAAGAAGAAAUUUCUAUGUUAUAUUGAUCUGGAUUCAGAUGACCGAGACCUGAAAUAUACCAUCACUAAGCCUCCAACUGACACAGAUGAGAACAACCCAGCCAUCCUGGGUGCAAUUGUGCUGACCGAUAGCCCUGACACUAUAAUAACUGAGUUCACACAGGCCCAGGUGAAUCACCACAAAGUUGCUUAUAUGCCUCCAGACCAGGAGCUGGGCAUUACUCCAAAAGUGGCCCAGUUCACAUUCACCGUAGAAGACACAGCUGGUAACAGAGCAGAUGGUCUUUUCACCAUUUUCUUGCAGCCAGUUGAUAACAAACCCCCACUUAUUACCAACACGGGGUUCACGGUUAUGGAAAGAAGCACAUAUAUUAUCACCAAAAAAGAACUGGAUGCCACAGACACAGAUACUGAUGAUGAAAACAUCAUAUUCACUGUAACUCAGUUUCCGAUAUUUGGGCAGCUACGAUAUUUGGGUAUUGAUAUGUCAAAUGGUGAGACGUUUGCCCUUGAAGACAUAGAAAAUAGCCGGCUAACUUACAGCCAUGGUGGAGAAGAAUCACUCAGUGACAUCAUCAAGCUUGAUGUCAGCGAUGGUUUCCAUGAAGUGCCCAUCACAAUUAAGAUUAUCAUAGAGCCAGUCGAUGACGAGAUCCCAACUAUCAAGCUCCCAGAGGGCCUGCUCGGAGCCUCCAUCGAUGUACUGGAGAAUGGAGCAACAGAAAUAACAAGCAAUGUCAUUCAGGGCCAAGAUGAAGACACAGACGACCUCAUGCUAACUUUUAUAGUGGAAGAACCUCCCAGGUUGGGUGAAAUCCUAGUAAACGGUGCCCCUGCUGAGAGGUUCACCCAGGAAGACAUCAUUAACGGGGCAGUGGUAUAUGCUCACACAUCUGGUGAAAUUGGACCAGUGAAAAAGCAUGACUCCUUCAACCUUACUCUUUCUGAUAUGUCAGAUCAGUGGGUAGUUGGCGGCAACAAGGUCCAAGGUGUAACAGUUCAUGUUACAAUCCUUCCUGUUGACAGCAUUCCACCUGUAGUCAGUGUUGGAGGGCAGUUCGUUGUCGUAGAAGGGGAGAAGAAUGUCAUCACUCUUGACCAUAUCCAGGCUGAGGACAUUGACACAGACAAUGAUGAUAUCCUGUGCACAAUCAUUGUCCAACCAAAAUCUGGAUAUGUGGAGAAUAUUUCCCCAUCCACAGGCUCUGAGAAAUCCAGGGCGGGAACAGCUAUCACUGCCUUUAGCAUUAAAGAUGUUGUGCUUGGUCAUAUCUACUAUGUCCAAAGCAUCCACAAAGGGGUGGAACCUGUGGAAGAUCGUUUUGCCUUCCGCUGCUCAGAUGGUAUUAACUUCUCUGAACGUCACUUCUUACCCAUAGUCAUUAUUCCAACGAAUGAUGAGAAACCUGAGAUUUUCAUUCGUGAGUUUGUGGUAAUGGAGGGCAUGAGUCUGGUCAUUGACACACCAAUCUUAAAUGCAGCUGAUGUCGAUAUUCCUGGUGAUGAGCUACAUUUUGAGAUAAUCAAAAACCCCAAACAUGGUACAAUAGUCCAGCAACUCAGCACAGGCACCAUUCCUGUGGACAGGUUUAACUUAGAACAGAUCAAAGAGGCAUCCAACAUUGUGUAUGAACACAAUGAUUCAGAGACAAAAGAGGACAGCUUUGAAAUCAGGCUUUCAGAUGGGAAGCACAAAGUGGAGCAAUCAGUACUCAUCAUGGUCAUUCCUGUUGAUGAUGAAACACCAAGAAUGGCUAUAAAUGAUGGUCUUGAUGUUGAGAUCGGAGAGACACAAGUCAUCAGUAACAAAGUGUUGAAGGCCACAGAUCUUGACUCUGAAGAUAAACAUUUGGUAUAUGUUGUGCGUUAUGGUCCAGGCCAAGGCUACCUUCAACGUAUUAGCAAGUUUGGUGAUGUAAUAGGCAACAUCACCCUUGGAAUGAACUUCACCCAGGAAGAAAUUGACAAUAACCUCAUUCAGUAUGUGCACACCGGCCAAGAGGGAAUCCGUGACCUACUGAAGUUUGAUGUCACGGAUGGCAUCAAUCCCCUUAUUGAUCGUUACUUUUACAUCAACAUUGGAAGUAUUGACAUGGUCUUUCCAGAUGUUAUCAACAAAGGUGUAACACUGAAAGAAGGAGGCAAAGUAACUCUGACAACAGACCUCCUCAGCACCAGUGAUAUCAAUAGUCCUGAUGAAUACCUCAGUUUUAGCAUCACACGUGCCCCGAGCAGAGGACACUUAGAGAGCACUGACUACCCAGGUGUUCCCAUUUCCACUUUCACCCAAUUACAGCUUGCUGGCAACAAGAUUUACUACAUCCACACCUCUGAUGAUGAGAUCAAAAUGGACAGCUUUGAGUUUGAGGUAACAGAUGGUUACAAUCCCGUCUUCCGUACCUUCAGAGUGUCCAUCACUGAUGUUGAUAAUAAGAAACCUGUCUUGACUAUACACAAACUGAUUGUGGAAGAAGGAGAAACCAAGCUCAUUACUCCAUUUGAGUUGACAGCUGAGGACCGUGAUACGCCAGAUGAUAUGUUGCGCUUCAUAGUCACCCAGGUGCCAGUGCAUGGUCAGCUGCUUUUCAGCAAUAACCAACCAAUCACAUCCUUUACCAAACAGGACCUAAACGAGAACCUCAUCAGCUACAAGCACGAUGGGACUGAGACCAAUGAAGACAGCUUCUCCUUCACUGUCACAGAUGGCACACAUACUGAUUUUUAUGUCUUUCCUGACACUGUGUAUGAGACACGCAAGCCCCAGAUGAUGACAAUUCACAUCAACACAGUGGACAACGGUAUGCCCCAGAUUGUGGUGAAUAAGGCAGCUGCCUCACUUAAAGUCCUCCCCACAGGCCACAUGGGCUUCCUGAUCACCAGCAAGUCCCUUAGAUCUGAGGAUCGUGAUAGCCCCCAGAAAGUUCUGAAGUACAGGGUGUCUCAGGCUCCACUACAUGGCUUCAUCAUGAACAUUGCUUUGGGCAAUGACAGCAUCAAGACCUUCACACAAGCUGACAUCGAUGAUAUGAAGAUCUGUUAUGUGUUGUUGGAUGGGAACAAUGCCACAAGUGAUAUCUUCUACUUCACUGUUGAAGACAAUGGUGGCAACAAACUGAAGCCUCAGCCAUUCCGACUCAACUGGUCCUGGAUAUCUCUGGAAAAGGAGUACUACUUAGUGGAUGAGGAUGCCAAAUUCCUGGAGGUGACACUGAAACGCAGAGGCUACCUGGGGGAAACAUCUUUUGUCAGCAUUGCUACCAAGGAUGGCACAGCUGAGAAAGACAAGGACUUUCGUGGUAAAGCCCAGAAGCAAGUCCAAUUUAACCCUGGCCAGACGACAGCAACCUGGAAGGUGAAGGUCUUCACAGACCAGGAGUUUGAGACCUCUGAGACCUUUCAGAUACAGCUGUCAGAUCCAGUCAUGGCUGUGCUGGAGUUUCCAGACACUGCGACAGUGGAGAUUGUAGACCCUGGAGAUGAGUCGACUGUCUUCAUUCCACAAGCAGAGUACAAAAUCGAAGAGGAUAUAGGAGAGCUUUUGGUGCCAGUCCGACGCUCAGGAGACAUCAGCCAGGAGCUCAUGGUAGUUUGCUACACGCAUCAAGGCACAGCUACUGGCACCAUACCCAGCACUGUGCUGUCCUACUCGGACUACAUCACCCGCCCUGAAGAUCACACCAGUGUGCUGCGUUUUGACAAGCACGAGCGUGAGAAAGUCUGCCGGAUCAUCGUCAUUGACGACUCUCUGUAUGAAGAGGACGAGAGCUUUAAUGUCAGCCUCAGUAUGCCCAUGGGCGGCCAGGUGGGCGCCAACUUCCCAACAGCCAAGGUCACCAUCUUGGCAGAUAGUGACGAUGAGCCCUCCUUGUAUUUUGGGGAACUUGAGUAUGUUGUGGACGAGAGUUCAGGUUACGUUGAGGUAAAGGUCUGGAGGACGGGGACAGACCUGUCCAAAACAGCUACUGUCACAGUCCGCUCCAGGAAGAGUGAUCCUGCCUCAGCAGAGGCUGGUCUAGACUAUGUCGGUAUUAGUCGUAACCUGGACUUUGCACCUGGAGUGACCAUGCAAACAUUUAGGGUGACCAUCCUGGAUGAUCUGGGUCAGCCAGAGCUAGAGGGGCCUGAGACAUUUGACCUGGUGCUACGCAUGCCCAUGAAUGCUGUGCUGGGAGAACCUAGCAUGACUAUCAUUACCAUCAAUGACACGGUUACAGACUUGCCAAAGGUUCAGUUUAAGGAAGGCAGUUACAAAGUGGAUGAGUCUGACGGGGAGGUGAAAGCUAUAAUAUACCGUAGCGGAGAUGUUAGGCUCAGGUCGACAGUGCGCUGCUACACUCGCCAGGCUUCUGCUCAGGUAAUGAUGGACUACAUCGAAAGGCCCAAUACUGAUGCAUCAAUCAUCACGUUCCUACCAGGUGAAACAGAGAAGCCUUGUGUGGUAAACCUGGUGGAUGACUCCAUCCACGAAGAGGACGAAGAGUUCCGGCUGGUUCUAGGAACUGCAAAGAGCAAAUCUCCUUAUGGAGCUUCUAUCGGGGAACAGAAGGAAACACUGAUCACCGUCACGGAUGACAAAGACAAACCAAUCAUUCGUUUCUCUGAGACCAAGUACAGUGUUCGUGAACCUCAGGUCAAAGGUGAUUUAGCAACAGUAAAGAUUCCCAUCCUGCGAGUUGGAGACACCUCAAAGUUGUCAGUAGUGAGAGUGCACACUAAAGAUGGAUCUGCAACCUCCGGAGAGGACUACAACCCGCUGUCUGAGGAUGUGGAGUUCAAGGAAGGUGAUCAGGAACACGUAGUGGAGAUUGAGAUCCUGUACGAUGGUCAAAGAGAGAUGCGAGAGGCGUUCACUGUACACAUGAAGCCUGACGACAACAUGGUGGCUGAGAUACAGAUGAACAAGGCAAUUGUUUACAUUGAGGAGCUGGACAGUGUGGCAGAUGUUACCUUCCCUGCCGUGCCCCAGGUGGUUUCCCUGCUCAUGUAUGAUGACACAGCUAAAGCCAAAGACAAGCCCCACCCACCAAACGGAUACCCUGUUGUGUGCGUGACGGCUUGCAACCCUAAGUACCAUGACUUUGAUAAAACCGGUUCCAUCUGUUCUGCGGAGAACAUCAAUGACACUCACACUCAGUACCGCUGGCUGAUCAGUGCCCCCACCGGCUCAGAUGGAGUGACCAGCCCCAUGAGGGAGGUUGACACUAACACUUUCUUCUCCAACACAAAGUCCAUCACCUUGGAUUCCAUCUACUUCCAAGCUGGCUCCAGGGUUCAAUGUGCAGCAAGGGCAUUUAACGCAAAUGGAGAUGCAGGCCUUGAGCUGUCCAGCCCUAUUACUGUGAUCAGCAAGACUGAAGGUAUGUGUCAGCCUCGUGUUCUUGGUACAGUUGGAGCUGAACCAUUCUCUGCUAAGAUCCGCUACACUGGUCCAGAUGACCCAGACUUCCCAAACCUCAUCAAACUGAUUAUCAACAUGCCUCACAUGGAUGGCAUGUUGCCGGUAAUCUCUACCAGACCGCUCUCCAACUUCGAGCUUACCCUGAGCCCUGAUGGGACGCGUGUGGGCAACCACCGCUGUUCCAAUUUACUUGACUUUAAUGAGAUCCAAACCAGAUAUGGCUUCAUCAUCGAUGCUACAAAGAAUCCUGAAAUCAUCGGGGAGACGUCACCCUACCAGUACAGCAUGGUGAUGCGCUCAGCCAACUCUCUCCGCUUCUACAGGAACCUUAACUUAGAGGCCUGCCUGUGGGAGUUCACCAGCUACUAUGAUAUGUCAGAGCUGCUGAACGACUGCGGAGGAUCCAUAGGCACUGACGGUCAGGUACUUAACUUGGUCCAGUCCUAUGUCACCUUGCGCGUACCUCUAUUUGUGUCUUACGUCUUCCACUCUCCUGUCGCCGUGGGAGGCUGGCAACACUUUGACCUGCAGUCAGAGCUCAAACUCACCUUUGUGUACGAUACAGCCAUUCUGUGGCAGGAUGGCAUUGGCAGCCCACCUGAGGCCGAGCUACAAGGAGCCAUGUACCCCACCAGUAUGAGAAUAAAUGAGGAGGGCCGCCUGGUUGUCAAUUUCAAGACAGAGGCUCGCUUCAGAGGACAGUUCGUUAUGUCGCAUUCAGGAACCAGCGUGAUAUCCAUAGUGAUGUGUGCUGACCACCCUGGGCUGACAUUCACUCUGUCGCUGGUCAGGACUGAACCUACCUACAACCAACCAAUGCAGCAGUGGAGUUUUGUCUCAGACUUUGCUGUGCGCGACUAUUCAGGCACCUACACAAUCAAGUUGAUCCCCUGCAUUGCGUCCCCCAAUGGAGAGUUCAGCAUCCCUCCCAUCUGUCACCCAAGGGAGCCUCUUACUUUUGACAUGGACAUACGCUUCCAGCAGGUGAGUGACCCAGUGGCAGCUGAGUUUAGCCUCAACACACAGAUGUUCUUGUUAUCAAAGAAGGAGUUAUGGUUGUCUGAUGGCUCCAUGGGCUUUGGAGAGGGCACCGAUGCUGCUUUUUCAGAAGGCUCCACAAUCUACGGUCGAGUGAUGGUGGACCCAGUCCAGAAUCUGGGUGAGUCUUUCUCCUGCAGUAUUGAGAAAGUUUUUCUCUGCACUGGAACAGACGGCUAUGUCCCCAAGUACAACCCCACAAACAAGGAGUAUGGCUGCCUGGCAGAUGCUCCAUUUUUACUAUAUCGAUUCAAGAUCCUGGAUAAGGCCCAGCCAGACACACAGGCCACAGCAUUCGGCGAUGUUGCCUUCCAGGCCACACUGGCCCAAAACACACCUGAUGCUCUGCCUUUGCUCAGACAGCCAGGAUCUGAUGGUUUCACGCUCUCCUCAUCUCCUCUGUUCCAGGUGGCUGCUGGUCGAGAAUGGUUCAUCCACACAAUCUAUACUGUCCGCUCCAGAGAAAACGCCAACCGCAACAUUGGCAAACGCAGUGUGGAGUAUCUACAUCACAGCUUAUCUUAUAUCGAAGAGCCUCGGCCUAAAUCCUACGACUUCAACGUGGCACGUCGGCAUCGCCGUGCUGCUCCUGUUUUCUCUGGUCCUGCGCUGGCUCAGGACAUCGGUGUGAACAACAACCGAGGCACCAACAUCCAGCACAUUGCCUUGGACAGAACAGACCGGGUUUUAGUCAGCCAACGCCAGCCCUGGUCUCCCAGUCGUGACAGUGACACUCUCAUAGAGCGCCCCUUGCUGGAGAGCUCUGGCAGAGAGCCUGCUGACACCUCUACUCUGCCCAUGUUGGUUGGCCUUGCAGGUCUGAUCCUCCUCAUCUGCUUCAUUGCCACCAUUGUCAUUCUGCUCCUGCGGCGCAAGAAGAAGGAAAAGAAAACAGAGUUCCCUCCGCACACCACCUCGUCUUCUUCUGCCUACAAUGGCUACAGCCACAGGCCAACACAUAUGUGGAGCAGUUCAGACAGCUCUGAGGUGUAGAUAUGAUCAGCCUCAUCCAAACACCUGCCCUCUAUUAAAAAGACUGUUGUUUCUAAGACAACCAUGCCUUCAUGCCGAAGUCUUGCAGCAGUGAACACUCAGGACAAGGUGGACAACACAAUGUGCCAGUACUUCUGGCCAUCGCAGAGCAUGAACCAGAGUAUUUUGGAUUUUGGUGCUUUUUUGUUUGUUUGUUUGCUGUAACAUACCGUACGUAGGUUUGAGUCUUUUUGUUGCUGCAAGCUAUUCUGAAUCCCCAACUUAUGUCUCUUAUGAGCGCGUAAAUUAUAUGAACCUGCUUUAUUGGGUGCCAGCUUAUAUUAGACCCCUCUGUGUCCUGUCAAAAUGUGGGAAAUUUUCAAUGAAGAAAGUGCAGGAGGGAGUUCCAAAUGAUGUCACUGGCCCCUGGACUCCAGUCAUUUUGGGAAUAUGACUCAUUUGCAUUCACAUGUUACAGCAGAUGGAAAACUAGAUGUUCCAUCAUUUGAAAUUGAAGAGGAUGGAAAAUUCUGCCAUGGCUGGCUGUGACAGCAGCACAACACGUACUUCAAUGGUACAUGCUGUCAAACAUUAUUUUCAACAUUUUAUAUUUUCCUUGGCUGCAAGGAUAAACUGGAUGUUAAUUCAUCUACAGCAAUAGUCACAGAUGUACAACAGAAUAUGACUUCUUUUAGUUCAACCACAGUUGUGUUAUCAGAAAAAACAGAUAUGACUUGCAUGACAUUACAAAACUAGAGCACCGCGCUCGUAGCAUGCAAAGCUCUGCCAACACUAGUUUCCAAUUCCACAAAAUUUUACCUUGGAAAAAAU